AUGUCUUCCGCCGUGAGACAUGCUCUGAAAAAGCUGAAGCCAGGUAUCCAACCGGGUCACAGCUGGUCACGUGUUCUUUGCACCACGAGCGUGCACCGUGAUAGCCAUCAUGGCGGUCUUCGCUCUCACAGCCACGGUACCGACGGCAAGGGCAAGUCCCACGGACACAGCCACAGUCACCAGGACCCCAAAGCCCAUGGCCACCACGGCCACCACGGCCACCACGGCCAUCACGGCCAUCAUGGCCACCAUGGUCAUCAUCACCAUGACCAGCCUGGACACCAAGGCCAUGCGCAACAAGGUCACCAGGGACACUUGCAUGUCUUAGGUUGCCAUGAUCACAGCCAUAGUGCAGAUAUGUCAGAGCUAAAAGGUGAGGCCAUCAAGGUGAGCUUAUUGGGAUUCAGCUUCAACUGUUUACUGGGAGUGCUUCAGUAUUUUGCUGGUGGCUAUUGCAAGUCGGCGGCCCUUACCAGCGAUGCUUUUCACACCUUGACGGAUUCCUUGUCUGACAUCAUCACUCUCUGUGUGGUCCAGAUGGCCAUCGGGCCACCCACUGCCCAAUUUCCAUUUGGACGUGGAAAGAUGGACUCGUUGGCUGCUAUGGGUGUGUCGGGCAUCAUGAUGACCACCGGCUUCUCCGCCAUGCGCUUCUCCACCAACUUGUUCCUGGAAGCCAUGGCGGACGUUGACAUCGAAGUGAAAGACGAGGGCCAUGAGCAUCACGAACACGGCCACUCCCACCACUCUCAUGGCCACACGCACGGCCUUCCGAUCUUGGAGGAUGGCCACGUGAAUCAAGUGGCGGUGGGGACCUGCCUAGCUACAAUCGCUGGUAAGGAGGGACUCUACCACAUCACACGCCGUGCAGCUGACCGGUUGCAUAGUUCCGUGCUGCUCGCCAACGCCUGGCACCAUCGGAGUGAUGCUUUCAGUUCGGGCGUUGUCCUUGUAGGCCUGCUUGGUAGGAUCUUUGUCCACAGCGCCUGCGACCCUGUCGCUGGUGCCCUGGUUUCUGCUGUCAUCAUCCGAAUUGCUUGGGGAAUAGGUCGAAGGUCUAUUGCAGAACUUCUGGACAUGCAGCUUCCAAAGCAAGACUUGCAGGACUUCAGCGCAGCGCUGACGGAGGCCCUCAAGACAGUUCCCUUGAAAGGAUUGAAGGUGCAGCCGGCGCUGCAACAGCUGGUCGGUCGACGUGCGGGACCCGAUGUGCACCUGGAGGCACUUCUUGACACAAAUGGUGACUGGAAGGAGGUUUCAGCUCUGCAGCUUGCCCAGUUGGAAACGUCUCUGCUAAGUGAGCUGCACCUCGGGGGCCAUCGCAUGGUGAAAAGCCUUCGAAUAGUUCCACGCUUGUGA